AUGCGCGCCUGGAAGGCAGUGGCCAGCACGCUGGCACUCAGCGGGGCCGAUGUGGUGGUCACCACGCUGCUCUAUGUCCACGGCCGGAGCGGUCGGGAUGUCCUGCAGGACCUCCGGCACUUCAACAUCUUCAACUCGCUGCUGGACAUCUGGGGGGGUUGCCUCUACCGCAGCUGUGUGCUGCUGGGGGCUGCCAUCGGGGUGGCCUCCAACACAGCCUACGGCCCCCGGCGCCUCCGGGCAUCGCAGACCUUCAUCGCCGUCGUCUGCCUCCUCAUGGGCAUCUACAUGAUGGUGAAGCUGCUGCUCUACUCAGAGGUGCGGAGGACCAUCAGGGACCCCUGGUUUUGGGGGCUCUUUGCCUGGACCUACGUGGCGCUGGUGGCCACCUUCGGGCUGUGGCAGCUGCUGGCCUGUGUCACCUCCUCCCGCGAGGCGCUGGGGACUGGCUCCGAGUCCCGUGCGGAGGCGGAGGAGAGCUGCGAUGGUGGCACUCCGCGGGACAAGCGGGAGGAGGCGGCGGGUCCCACUAUCCACAAGCUGCUGUCCUACACCAAGCCGGACGCCUUCUUCCUGGGCAUCGGGCCGCACUGGGUGAGCGAAGGGACGGGGGGGACCACCUUCCUGCCCUACUACACGGGGCUGGCCAUCGACGGCAUCGUGGUGCAGAAGAGAUCGGCCGUGCUGGUCAUGUCGCUGCUCGCCAUCGGAAGCUCAUUUGCCGCAGGUAUCCGGGGCGGCGUUUUUACGCUCGUAUUUGCCAGACUGAACAUUCGCCUUCGCAACUGCCUCUUCAGGUCGCUGGUGGCUCAGGAGAUGAGUUUCUUUGAUGAGAACCGCACAGGGGACGUCAUCUCCCGCCUGACGUCGGACACAACCAUCGUGAGCGACCUGGUCUCCCAGAACAUCAACAUCUUCCUGCGCAACCUGGUGAAGGCCACGGGGGUGAUCUUCUUCAUGUUCAGCCUCUCCUGGAAGCUCUCGCUCGUCACCUUCAUGGGCUUCCCCAUCAUCAUGCUGGUGUCUGACAUCUACGGGAAGUACUACAAGGUAAGCCGGAGCAGCUGGCAUGGCCAUG